CUGAGAGAGAGAAAGAGAGAGAGAGAGAGAGAGAGAUUACAUACCAUUUUCUGCAGUUUUCCGCCAUUGAAGUAUGGCUUCAAAGCUUUGUGAUUCCUGUAAGGUGGCCGCUGCCACUCUCUUCUGCCGAGCUGACUCUGCCUUUCUUUGCCUUGGCUGCGACUCCAAAGUCCAUGCAGCCAACAAGCUUGCUUCCCGCCAUGCGCGCGUAUGGCUUUGUGAAGUCUGUGAGCAAGCUCCUGCUCAUGUUACCUGUAAGGCCGACGCUGCUGCUCUCUGCAUCACUUGCGACCACGAUAUCCACUCUGCCAAUCCCCUCGCUCGCCGUCAUGAGCGAGUUCCUGUCACGCCUUUCUACGACUCUUCCAACUCCGACAACUCUCUCGCCGUUAAGCCUGCUGCUGCAAUCAACUUCCUAGAUGAUCGUUAUUUCUCCAAUGUCAACACUGACGCCGCCGAAGAGGCCGAAGCUGCUUCCUGGCUUCUUCCAAACCCUAACCCUAAGCCAAUCGAAAAUACAGAUCUGAACUCGGGGAAGUUAGAGUUUCUAGAAAUGGAUCCUUACUUAGAUCUGGAUUACGACCGCGUAGAUCCGAAAUUAGAAGUGCGAGAGCAUAACAGCUCCGCCGCCGAUGGAGUCGUUCCGGUUCAGAGCAAAGGCGUCGAUCUCUCAUCGGUAAACGAUCGUAGCUUCGGCAUCGACUUCCCCUGCGCUAAAUCGUUCCCGUACAGUUACAAUCCUCAGUCAAUCAGUCACAGUGUAUCAUCCUCGUCGAUCGAGGUCGGAGUCGUUCCGGAGGGGAACACGAUAACGGAGAUAUCGAAUCCGUACACGAAACCGUCGACGGAAUCGACUGUUCCACCGCUGCAAAUCUCGCCGGCAGAUCGAGAGGCGAGAGUGUUGAGGUACAGAGAGAAGAGGAAGAACAGAAAGUUCGAGAAGACGAUUCGAUACGCAUCUCGUAAGGCCUACGCCGAGACGAGACCACGAAUCAAGGGACGAUUCGCCAAACGGACGGAUAUCGAGUUGGAAGCCGACCGAGUGAGUGGAUACGGCGUCGUUCCGUCGUUCUAAGUUUGAAUAUUUAAUAAAAUAAUAAUUAAUUAAAAAAUAGUUCGUGUAAA